CAUUGGUUCAAGCUAGAUGAAGGUUUUGGUUCUGUAGCUGAAUAGGUGUGUGGGAAAGAUUUUGUUAGACAAGCAAAUGGCACCUGCAAGAAAGAAGCCAAGAGUGCUUGUGGUUGCAAGUGAACUAUCAGCUGUUGAGAGUCCUGAAAAGAAAGGAUUAAAGGGUGACCCUCCUGUCAGUAUACUGAAAGACACUGUGACUAAUUUACCCAGUGUGAAGCCCCAACCAAAGACAGAUGAAGUGGAUCAGCUGAUUCUCAGGAGAAAAACAUAUUUUAUAAAUGGAGCUGACAAACUGGAUGAAAAUGAGCCCAGUGUAAUACAUAAUACCCAAGAAGAACUUUCCCUGAGUAAUGAUGAAAAGAUUAGACGCCUCACUUAUUUUGUCAGUUCAUUUUGCCAUGAAGACACUGCAAAUCCUUUGACGAAUGACAAUCCAGAAAUGGAAAUUACACAUUCAGAGUUGGAGAUUAAAAGAAUACAGAUUCAGGAAUCUGAGGUAGAUAAGAAAACAGUCCUCCAAGAUAAAAAACCUAAUAAACGUGGCAGAAAGAAGAAAAAUGCUGUUUCUGCUCUCACCAUAGAGAGAGAUUCUGAACCCAUUGGAAGUACAGAGAAUGCAGGUGGAAGAAAGGAACCUGUAGAUGUAGAGAAGACAGUACUCAAAGAUCCCAAACCCAACAAACGUGGCAGAAAGAAGGAAAGUGUUUCUGCUCCAAGGUUGUACAAAGAUUUUGAAUCUUCAGAAAAUGAAUCUGAUGUAGAUAAGAAAACCGUCCUCCAAGAUAAAAAACCUAAUAAAAAUGGCAGAAAGAAGAAAAAUGCUGUUUCUGCUCUAACCAUAGAGAGGGAUUCUGAACCCAUUGGAAGUACAGAGAAUGCAGGUGGUAAAAAGGAACCUGUGGAUGUAGAGCAGACAUUAGUCCUCAAAGAUGCCAAACCCAAUAAACGUGGCAGGAAGAAGGAAAAUGGUGUUUCUGCUCCAAGUUUGCACAAAGAUUCUGAACCUCCAGAAAAUGUGUCUGCUGACGUAGCACAAAAAGCAAUCCCGGAUGACUUCAAACCUAGUAAACGUAGCAGGAAGAAGGAAAAUGCAGUUUCUGUUCUGAACUUGGCCAAAGGUUUUGACUCUAUAGAUGAUACAGAGAAUGACAAAGAAAUUAUCUCUCAAACUGCUGCUGGUACAAAUUCUAAGCGUGGUCAAAAUAAGAGCAAGGCAACUCAUAUUAAAGACAUCCCUGUGAAGCUAAUAGCAUCAGGGAAUGAAGUUGAGAGGGACAGUCCACGGGAGUUAACAUCUAUUGAGGAUACAAAGGAAAAGGCAGAGAAAAUGCAAGAAGACGAAAACAAAACUGUUCCCACUCAAUCUACUCUUCAGAAGAAAUCGGUCAAAAGAGGCAGAAAGAAAAAUGUAAAGGAAAUAUAAUCAAGCAAGUCAAAGCAUUUCUAGAAUUGAUGACAUUAUUAUUGACCGUUUGUCUCAGGGUAUGUUCCAUAUACAGAAUUCAUUCUCCACUCUUGUACAAUAGAAAGAUGGUCAACAUAGCGGUGCUGUUUUGUGGUUUUUCUUUGCUGCUCUUGUUCGUGUCCUGAAUUCUGUUUUGCCUCAUUUGCCACAUUUUCACUUUUCUAUGCUAUUUUUGUUACUCUAAGGUCUAUUUUUGUAAUCUAAACUUUCAUUGUAAAACUAAAUUAAUAAAUUACUUUGAUUUAA